AUGGCAGCCAAACCCAAGCUCUGGUACUUUCCUGGCCGAGGCAGGAUGGAGUCGAUCCGCUGGCUGCUGGCUGCAGCUGGCGUGGAGUUUGAAGAAGAAUUUCUCGAAACAAGAGAGCAAUAUGAGAAGUUGCAGAAGGAUGGACGCCUGCUUUUUGGCCAAGUGCCUCUGGUUGAAAUUGAUGGGAUGAUGCUGACGCAGACCAGAGCCAUCCUCAGCUACCUGGCUGCCAAGUAUAACUUGUAUGGAAAGGACCUGAAGGAGACAGUCAGGAUCAACAUGUACGCCGAUGGCACUCAGGACCUCAUGGGCAUGAUCAUGAUGGCUGCGUUCAAACCCCCAGAGGAAAAAGAGGAGAACAUCGCUUUAAUCGUGACAAAAGCUAAAACCCGUUACUUCCCCGUCUUUGAAAAGAUUUUGAAAGAACAUGGAGAGGAUUUCCUUGUUGGCAACAAAUUCAGCUGGGCGGAUGUACAACUCUUAGAAGCUAUUUUAAUGGUGGAAGAACUCAAUGCUUCUGUUCUCUCGGACUUCCCUCUGCUAAAGGCAUUUAAGGCAAGAAUCAGCAACAUCCCUACAAUGAAGAAGUUCCUGCAGCCUGGGAGUCAGAGGAAGCCACCUGCGGAUAGCCACUAUGUUGACUUGGUCAGGCGUGUUCUGCAGUUCUAA